GGGGGUGGCAAUGCAGGGCGGGAUUUACGGUGAGUGGAGGCACUUCUGGAAAAGAAGCACAUGUGCUGAGGAGCUGGCAGCCAUGACUGUAGGCUGAGUGGGCAGGCUUCAGGAAAUAUCCACGUGACUGUUUCUCCUCCUCUCCUGACAGUCUACACAGCUUAUUGGGAAAGAGUGGAGGGCACUGGAGGAACACAGACCUCAAGAUGCCUCGCAAAGAUGAACCACAAGACAAGUUCUAUUUUGUCACUAUUAUAUUCCUUAUCUUAGGCCUUGGGACACUGCUGCCCUGGAAUUUCUUCAUCACUGCAAUUCCAUACUUUCAGACUCGUCUGUGCUCCGAAACACACACACUGUAUGGAAAUUCCUCUAAGAGCAAUGAUUUAUCUGAAUCAAGAAAUGUGACCACACAAUGCAAAGAUGAGUUUAAUUUCAACAAUUGGAUGACCCUCUUAGCCCAGCUGCCUCUAUUGCUUUGUACACUACUCAACUCCUUUAUUUAUCAAUGGAUCCCAGAACGAGUGCGGAUAGCAGGCAGUAUGUUGGCUAUCUUGUCCCUCUUUAUUUUCACUGCAGUCCUGGUUAAGGUUGAAAUGGAUGCCCAGUGUUUCUUUGAUCUGACAAUGGCCACAAUUUGGUUUAUAAAUGCUUUUUGUGCUAUUCUACAGGGCAGUCUGUUUGGCUUGCUGACGCUCUUCCCGCAACAUUACAGCAGCAUGUUCCUCAGCGGUCAGGGGAUGGCUGGCACCUUUGCAGCACUGGCCAUGCUGCUUUCCAUGUCCAGUGGGGCAAAUCACCGGACGAUAGCCCUCGGCUAUUUUGUCACUCCUUGUUUUGGGACUUUUAUCUCCAUCAUCUGUUACUUCCUGCUUUAUCGUCUGGACUUUGCACAAUACUAUCUUUCCAAGUCCAACACAAACAGUUCAAAGACUUAUGAGCUUGAGACAAAGGCUGAGCUGUUACAUCCAGGAGAGGAAAAUGGAGAUGCUGCAGGACAAAAAAAAGCUGUUUUUCUAUUAAAGGAAGCAGAGGCUGGAGGUAUUGGUGAAAAGAAGCAAAGUGUAUCGGUCUGCAUUGUUUUGAAGAAGAUCUGGGUGAUGGCUCUAACUAUUGUUAUCACAUUUGGGGUAACACUAUCGGUAUUCCCUGCAAUUACAGCAAAGGUUGUCAGCAACAUUAAAGAUGAAGGCUGGAAAAAAUUCUUUAAUCCUGUAUGCUGCUUCUUGAUAUUCAAUAUUAUGGACUGGUUCGGGCGUAGUAUUACUUCAAAAACUUUGUGGCCUGGUCCUGAUAGUAAAUACCUACCUUUAUUCGCAGCAAUCCGCUUUAUAUUUGUUCCUCUCUUUAUGUUGUGUCACAUUCACGACCACAAUUAUCUCCCCACCUUCUUCAAAAAUGAUGCCUGGUUUAUCAUCUUCAUGAUCUUCUUCUCUGUCAGCAAUGGCUACUUCGUAUCCCUCCCAAUGUGCUUGGCACCCAAGAAAGUUUUGCCACAUGAGGGUGAAACAACAGGUGCCCUCAUGACCUUCUUCCUUGCAUUGGGGCUGUCAGUAGGAGCUGGAUUAUCCUUUGGAUUCAAAGCACUUUUAUGAGUAGAGCAGUUGAAGUUUCAUCCAGUACAUAUAAUAGUUAUUGGGAGUCAUUUACAAACUUUUUUACACCAGUUUUUAGUAUAAAAACCCUUUUCUUGCAACUUUUUGAAUGCCCGUGCGACAAUAUUUUGUCACAUGGGUUUUUUGUGCCACAUUUGACAAUAGUGUGUGGCAGGAGCGUGCCAGGGGCUCUAACACAUUUACCAACAUUUAUGAUUGGAAACAGGCAUAAGUGUUGGCAAAGAACUACUCUAGUCUAUCCACCAGGUGCAAGGACUGCUGAAGAUGCACCUAAUUUCUGAUGAGGUACAAGCCUUUCAUAAAUUAGGCACAUCUUCCGCUAGCAAUGCCAGUGCAAAAGGAGUGUAAAAAAACGACAAACAAAGACUGUCUUUGCAAAUGACCCCCAUUGUAUUCUGACUCUUAUUUGUGUUCUAAGAUUGAAAUCUGUACCGAUCUAUCCUAUUUACUGCUUGGACAUAGUGUUUUAUUUUAUUUUUUUGUGGUGUUUUAAAAAAAAAUUUUUAUUGCCCUUCUUAUUCCAUCAGUUUCCAGCUACCUUAAUCAUCGCUGCUACAUUUUUAUCUAUUGGAAAGUUAUUUUAACAUUGUUGUUUAGCUUAAAUUCAUAACCAAAGCAGUUAUUGGUUAUUUUUAGGUAUGAUACUGAAUAUAGGAAUCUGCACGUGGAGAACCUUAGUAAACCUUAUCUAUAGGAAUGAGUCAAAUGCAUCACCAAACAUUCUUUGAAAAGGGAAUAAUAAUCAAAGUUUGAGCCUCCGCUAUUCAUCACUUCCAAAAUUGCUACUUCUACUCUGAAUUUAGUUCAUGUUUCCAUAAUGUAAAUAUCACAAGCACUUCCAUUAGACCAUAUGUCACAACUUUAGUGAAUGAGACCAAAUUGACCACAUUCCCACUCCAACAAAAGACUAUGGCUGUUGAGGUCUCAUUGAAAUCUAAGGGACUGCUGGUAGAUCAAGGGUGGCAACAGUGAAGCCGGCUACAACAGGUAUCUGCAUCCGCCAUACACAGAGAUGUGGAGUUAAGACAAGCUUUACUGUUCUACGUGGGACGCACGGUCGAUUUUACUAGAUCACUAAUAGUACACUAUACCACCAACAGUGAAUAUAAUAUAUGGAUCAUGAUUAAGUCCUUAGCAUCAUGUGGCCGUGGUGCUCGUAUUGAGGACUGCCUACCCAUUGACUUGAAUUGGUCCGCGAUCCACAAGAUAAAACAGAAGAUAGGACAUCUCCUAUAUUUUGCAGUGGGGAAGCACAGAUUGGAAGCACAAUAAAGCGCUUCUGUGGGAUUUCAGGUCUGUGCCUUAGCACCACAAAAGAUAAGACAUGUCCUAUCUUUUGUCAUAUUUUGUUGAUCGUGGACCCCUUCCAAUCAAUGUGCACAGAGCCCUUAGUUUGUGGGCAUGAGCCCUUUAGGAUGGUUUUGCACACUGCAUACUUGCUGUAGAAUAAGUUCCAAAGCAAAGUACAGUGCAUUGCUAGUGGAUGGGGUUUAACAAACCCCUAACAAUCACAGCAUAUAAAAUCCAAAGCAAGCCUAGACUGCUGUGGAUUUUCAAAUCCACUGCAUGCCCUGUCCAUUGCAGAAAUGUGCUGGAUUUUCACAGUGGAAUUCAUUGCUGUUCAGUGAGUGAAAUCUGUGGCUAAACUCUGCAACAAAUUUUAAGAAGCUAUUUCAUAAAUGAAAAAAUUAUAAUUCAGUCCAUUAUUUUAAAGGGGUUGGACAGGCUAUAAAAAGGAGGAAUGGGAGACUGAUCCUGUCAGACCAUUCUGGUGCCAGUGUUGUGGCUCCCGUCCCACCAAAAAUGAGUUAUGACAUGCUGUCUACAUAAACGUGACUGCUGCAGACCAAUCAGUAACCCCAGCUGUGAUAUGUGACUACAGAGCCUCUGAUGAGCUGUUUUCCUUCCUUCCGAAUAUCCCUUUCUGCCGUUUAAAGAGAGGUAUAGCUAUAUGUUUCUGUAAAUUUAAAUGUGGGGACAAAUGAAUGAAAGGGGUUUGUGCUGCUUCACUAUGAGAUUGCAGUGCCAACACUGAAGGGAGCUGGAAAGUUGUUGGAAGUUAGAACAGGAUUUCAACCACAGGAGAAACAGCAGGGGGUAGUAACAAAGAGGAAAAUAUAAUGUACAUAAAAACAAACUAACAAUAUCCUUAUUUCAUGUAUUUGCAAUAGUACUUCAUUUGAAAGGCAUUGCAAAGUCAUCUUUUUGUGUGAUAAUAUAGGCAUGGACUCAUGAACAAUGAUUGUGUGUAUAUAGAAUUGUAUCCAACAUAUACGUAUUUAUUAGCACGCAUCAUCAAAGGAAUAUAUAGAACUAAAUAUCAAACCAGAAAAAAAAAAAAAUGAAAUAAAAUAAAAUAUAUUCCAGUUUA